AUCGAGGCAGCCCCCCGUAUUCCUCAUUAUGACCGCCCAACUCUCCAACAACCGCAGUGCGUCACAGUUCAUCAAAAUUAAGCGUCGCCAUAGUAGUUGCAGAGAUUAAUGGAGGGCAAGUGCGAGACUGAGAACUUGUACUUCUCGUAAUUAAGUCUGCCAAUUUGGUCCCGUGGAAAGAGCAAAUAUGGCAAAGAGUGGCAACAGUACUGUGGGGGCCUUGCUGGCUUUGGCCCUCUUCCUCUUGCGACCCAUCGGCGGGAAUGCGCAGGCGUCCUCCGCGCUCGUGCCGGCCAUUAUAACCUUCGGCGACUCCACUGUCGAUGUGGGCAACAAUGACUACCUCAAGACCAUCUUCAAGGCGGACUUCCCUCCCUAUGGGAGGGACUUUAAGAACCAUAAGCCCACCGGGAGGUUCUGCAAUGGGAAGUUGGCUACAGACAUCACCGCUGACACCCUGGGAUUUUCCAGCUACCCAUCUGCUUAUCUUAGCCCAGAAGCAUCAGGGAAGAACCUUCUUAUCGGAGCCAAUUUUGCUUCUGCUGCGUCUGGUUAUUAUGAUGACACUGCUUACUUAUACCAUGCCAUUCCCUUGUCUCAGCAGUUGGAGUUCUACAAGGAGUACCAACACAAGCUUUCUCGAGUGGCUGGAACCAGUAAGGCAUCGUCCAUCAUCUCCGGCGCUCUCUACAUAGUGAGCACUGGAGCCAGCGACUUCGUGCAGAACUACUACAUCAACCCUCAUCUUUACGAGACCCGAUCACCGGAUCAGUUCUCCUCGUUCCUUGUGCACAUCUUCUGCAACUUCGUUAAGGAUCUCUAUGGCCUAGGUGCUCGAAAGAUUGGAGUGACUUCCUUGCCUCCACUGGGUUGCCUUCCUGCGUCCAUCACGCUCUUCGGACAUGGCAGCAACGAAUGCGUGAGGCGACUCAACUCCGACGCACAGAACUUCAACAGGAAGCUCAAUACCGCAGCAGACUCGUUGGCGAAGCAGCUGCCUAACCUUAAGAUUGCCAUCUUCGACAUCUAUAAGCCUCUACAUGAUCUUGCCACCUUGCCUUCCGACUUCGGUAGGUCAGCGUUUACAUUUCCACAUCGAUUCCGAAGGUCUCAUUCAUGUACUCUCAGGAUUCUUCGAGGCCAGGAGAGGCUGCUGCGGGACGGGAACAGUGGAGACGACAUCGUUUCUGUGCAAUCCGCAUUCGGUCGGGACAUGCGCCAAUGCCACUGGCUAUGUGUUUUGGGACAGCGUCCAUCCAUCGGAAUCGGCAAACCAAGUGCUUGCCGAUUCCCUCAUUUCUCAGGGCAUCAACCUUAUUCUGUGAGGAAAGGGAGGGUGAGAGAUGCAGCAGUCCAUGUGUGUGUGUGUCUUCUGUUUCAGUAGCUUGUGUCGAGGAAAAAUAAGAUGUUCUGCUGAGAAACAAAUCUAUGACUGGUGGAGUUGUGAGAUGUUCAUUAAAAGGUCAAUUAAUAUAGUGCUCUGUUUCCCACGUGUACUUUGUGUCGAUGAACUGCUUUGCAGUGACUUGGAUGCAAUGAUAUCUACUGUUUCUGGAA